CCCUCCGCGCCCCGCCUCUCCGCCGUCCCGCCCCGUGCCCUCCGACGGCCGCCACACUCGGACACCGAACGCCAGCCAUGGACCUGGGGCUCGCGGGCCGCCGUGCGCUCGUCACCGGGGCGGGCAAAGGCAUCGGGCGCGGCACUGUCAAGGCGCUGCACGCGGCGGGGGUGCAGGUGGUGGCCUUGAGCCGGACCCGGGCCGACCUGGACAGCCUGGUCCUCGAGUGUCCUGGGGUGGAGCCCGUGUGUGUGGACCUGGGUGACUGGGACGCCACGGAGCGGGCACUGGGCAGUGUGGGCCCCGUGGACCUCCUGGUGAACAACGCCGCCGUGGCGCUGCUGCAGCCCUUCCUGGAGGUCACCAAGGAGGCGUGUGACACAUCCUUCGAUGUGAACCUGCGGGCUGUCAUCCAGGUGUCUCAGAUUGUGGCGAGGGGCCUGAUAGCUAGGGGGGCCCCGGGGGCCAUCGUGAAUAUCUCCAGCCAGGCCUCACAGCGUGCAAUAACCAACCACAGCGUCUACUGUUCUACCAAGGGUGCCAUGGACAUGCUGACCAGGGUGAUGGCUCUGGAGCUUGGGCCACACAAGAUCCGCGUGAAUGCGGUGAACCCCACAGUGGUGAUGACCCCCAUGGCCCAGGCCAACUGGAGCGACCCCCAGAAGGCCAAGGCCAUGCUGGAUCGAAUCCCACUUGGCAGGUUUGCUGAGGUGGAGAACGUGGUGGACAUCAUCCUUUUCCUUCUGAGUGACCGGAGCAGCAUGACCACGGGUUCCACCGUGCCGGUGGACGGAGGCUUCCUGGCCACCUGAGUCUCCUCUGCCUAACGUAACCCCUGCUUCGUGCUGAGCCCACCCCUGUCCCCGUCUCUCCAAUAAACAUGAUUCUUCUGCCUGGUUUGCACACUGACUGCUAGGCCACUGGCAAGGGGUCGGGAGGUGCAGGACCCAGUGCUGAGGGGUGGGAAUGAGUCCCAGGUAGGCAGCCACCCGUUCACCUCACAGCCCAGGCCAGGUGGCAGCCUGGCUCCCGUGCCUGAGAUUUUUCAGACCUGGCCAAGUUCCUGGCAGGGCCUGGGAGGCGAGGCCAUCCAGGAGGCCAGCUCCUAAGCACGGCGGUGAAUUUGACCAAGGAUGGCCUUUGGCUCCGUCCAGAGGCUUGUGGGCUGGAAGCAGCGGCGUUCUGACAACCAGCUCCGUGGGUGUAACCGCACGGAGACACCGGUUGGUGCUUCUCGGCAUUAAUGAACGAGUCAGAAGUGGAACAAGGAAGACGGAUGUUGGAACUUCGCUAAUUUGCCAGUGACCUGAUCGACCUCUUUGCCAAAUCAGGUGACAGCUUUCAAAAACUGGAAGGACAUCGUCCCACUCUUGUGGCUCACAAAGGACUCCCCACGUGAGAGCUGGCCCAUGUGUCACCCGCGUGUCUUCCUGCCUUAGGCCUGAACGAUUCGGUCCGCCAGGCCCUGCUCGAACUUGCCGGUCUCCACAGGGUAGGGACACCCCCCCCCCCCAAUCUGAUGUCACUGAGGGCAGGGCUGGGCACAGGUGUGUGGGGACAGGUGCAGUGUCCCACCUUCAUGUGGCAUCCGCACCACACAGAUGCCACGGGCACAAGUAACCCCACACACCUAGACGAUAGCAUUGUGUACAAAAACGGGUGUUUGGAGUAUUUGCUCAUUUUCGGAUAUGACUCAUUGUAAGUGUAUAUGAUUAUUAAUGAAGGCAGUUUAGCAACUGGC